AUCCUACUUUCAGUCCCAAACUUGGUCACGUCAAACCCUCUUUUCCCUACUAAUAACCAACUUCAAAGCCCUCUAUCUGUCCAGCUUCAAAGAUUCCAACGACACUAGUCCCACCCAAAAAACACGACUUCCCUCCACUUUAUGUGGCUAUAUUUAAUAUGCAUUCAUACUUUCCCUUCUAACACUUGAAAAACCCUCCUUGGCAGCUAUGGAGUACAACCAGCCCUUCCCUCCAGGCAUAUCCUUGUUGCACCCCAGCGAGAAGAAGAAAUCCAAGCAGGGAAAGUUAAGGAUGAGGUUCUCACUAGUCUGGAAGAUCCUCCCCAUGCUGAGCACAGGGUGCAAGACUGGGAGGCCUCCGACGGGCCUCCUCCUUAAUGGACAAGUGGUGACCGGGACUUUGUUCGGGAACAGGAAAGGACGGGUGAGCCUAGCCAUUCAAGAGGACUCGAAGAGCCUGCCAGCAUUUGUAAUUGAGCUUCCCAUGCCGACACAUGCUUUACUAAAAGAGAUGGCAUCUGGGCUCGUGAAGAUCGCACUAGAGAGCGAGAGUAAGGGUACUUCGCUCUCCCAAAAGGCUAGUAGGCUAGUGGAUGAUAGUGUGUGGUGCGUAUAUUGCAAUGGGAGAAAGACAGGCUAUGGUGUGAGGAGGGAGAGGUUCUCAGAGGAGGAGUUGCAUGUGAUGAGAAUGCUUCGGGGUGUAUCUAUGGGUGCCGGUGUUCUUCAUUGCUCCUUUGCCCAACAGUCAGCUGCAGAGAGCGAGGUUGGAGAUGCCGAAGUGACAUAUAUGAGGGCGCGGUUCGAGAGGGUGGCAGGAUCCAAGGAUUCAGAGGCUCUCUAUAUGAUAAAUCCUGAUGGCAAGGGGGGGCCGGAGAUGAGCAUCUUCUUUGUCCGAUGUAACCGGGAGAACAUCAAAACCAAAAUUCCCUUCAGCUCCAAAGGUGCGGGUCAUACAAGUGUAUGGCUGGGGAAGAUUAGCAUGGUCAUUGCGGCAUGCGAACACAUUAACAUAUCGGACGGUGAUGAACGGGGCUGGGUCCCACUAAUAAUGCCAUUCAUUAAAUUUUGGUUAAAUGCCAACCUGUAAUUGCUUUUAAGCCAUUUGUCGUUGCUUAUGGGUGUAUGCCUGUUAAUGGGCCCUACUUAUUUAAUGCUCUCGCAAUAUAGUUUUAUUUUGUUU